AUGCCAGACGACGCCGCCGCCCGCGGCCAGCCGCUCGAGCCGAGCGCCUUCACCGACGCGCCCGCAGAGCUCCCGGACUGGUCCCGCACCUUUUGCGGCUACAACGAGCGCUUCGUGGCGCCCUUCUCCUUUGCGGUCGCCGGGCACCGCCUCUCCCUCACGCAGUCCUUCGUGGCGUCGCCGGCGCAUCAGGCAGAGGCGCGGAGCUCCGCCGACGGCCUCGCAACGGGGUCGACCGUCUGGGACGCGGGCGCAGUGCUCGGCGCGAUGCUGCUGCGCCAGCCGCCUCCCACCGUCGGCCUCUCCGCGUGCGGCGGCUGCGAGGGCGCGUGCCUCGACCUCGGCUCGGGCACCGGCAUCGUCGGCCUGGCGGCGGCGGCGAGCGGCGCGUUUGCUCGGGUGGUGCUGACCGACCUGCCUUCGGUGGUGUCGCUGCUCGAGGCGAACGCGGCGCGCAACGCGGCGAGAUUGCCCGCGUCGGUGCGCGUCUCCGUCGAGGCGGAGCGGCACGGCCCGUUUCGGCUCGUCGUGGGGGGCGACCUGCUGUACCGCCCGCCGACGGUGCAGCCGCUGCUGGGCGUGCUCGACGCGGUGUGCGGCGCCGAGACGCACGUGCUGCUCGCCGCCUCGCUGCAGCACUCGCCAGAGACGAUGCGUCUCUUCGCGGAGGCGGCGCGCGGGCGCGGCUUCGAGGGGCGCAUCCUGCCCGCGGGUGAGCAGCACCCGAGCUACGCCUCGGGGGAGGUCCGGAUCCUGCACCUAAGUAGAAGGCAGCACCCGCGGUGA